AUGGACUCCGAUUCGUCCCUGUUACAGACCAUCUCACCUUCCCUCGGGCCCCCCCCCCCUCUCUCUGCAGGUAGUGAAGUGUCUAGAAGCCGUGUGUCAGAGCCCCCAGCCGUUCCUUCCUCUUGUGGAGGUUCGCACGCAGUGCUGGUUGGCCCACGUCAAGUGCUUCUGAAGGCCAUUCCUGGGAAUAUCCUCCUCAAGUGCACGGCCCUCUCUCUGCUCGCCACGUGUUACCACCUGAUUGGCCACGCCCACUUUCACAAGCACGUACUUCAGAAGGGCAUCGAUCUAGUCACACACCAGCUCGCCACACUCCCACGCUCAGCCUCGGGUUCUGAACCAGGUCCCAGCUCGGCUGCAGGCUUGGGGUUAGGUUCGGGAGGAGGUUUGGGCGGAGGUUCGGGCGGAGGUUCGGCGGCGGAGCUGGCUCGCUGGAUGGGGGUGUUCUCGGUGGGGAUGGCGGGGCGGUUGCUGGGGGAGGGAGAUGUGGAGGGGGCUGCUGGGGCAUUGGCGAAGGGGAUGGCUGCUGUACAGACGACAGGGGAUAGGGGCAUGAUGCUCCUGCUAUCCGCUUCCCUGCUGCACAUUCGCAUCUCGACCGUCCAUCACACGCCACAGCAGAUCUCAACCCUUCUUUCAGAAUGCACCUCGUUGUGGCAGCAGAUCCCGCCACGUCAGCAGCCAGACUACCGUGGCCUGUUCGUCUACGUCCAAUUACUGGCUGCCACGUGGCACCUCCGCAUGGCUGACUACAACCAGGCCAAGGCUGACGUGGCAGCAGCAGAGGAGGCACUGGCGGGGAUGAGUCCCGCUGCAGCGAAUCGUGAGGCGCCAGCUGGCAGCUCGCCAGUUGCUGCGUCAGCGCCACGUCAGCUGCAGCAGGGGGGGAAUGUGCAUGCACAGAGGCUGGGGCAGGAUACAGGAGCAGUAAGAGCAGUGGGUGCAGCAGGAGCAGCAGGGGCAGCAGGAGGGGUGAUGGGCAACGGAGCAGGGGCAAUGGUCGCAGGGGAAGGAGGAGAAGCGUCAGGCGCAUGUUUCAGGGAUGAUCCGUUGAUGCGGUUACCACUGGGCCCGCCCCACGUGCUCAAUGCUGAUUGGCUGCCGCUGCCAGCUGUCAGGGCGGUGGCAGGCCUGCUAAAGGUCAUGCUGAGCCGCCCGGGAGGAAAGCUCCUGGAAGCUGAGGGGGCGUUGAAGGAAGAGAGGGAGAUGCUGCGAGAUGAGCUUCACCGCAUCGGGGUCCUCCCAGGCUCUACAGAGUCUACUCUGGAGCCGUGGAGUGUGGCGUGGGCCGGCACACUCCUCUUGCUCCUCUACGCAGUAGUCCACUCUGGAGCCUUGGAGUGUGGUGUGGGCAGGCACGCUCUUGCUCUUGCUUCUCUACGUCUUGGAAGCCCAAGCAGUGCUGGCGCUGACAUCUACAGAAUACCCCCUCUCGCAACGGCCCAGGCAGUGCUGGUGGCGCUGACAUCUACAGAGUAUCCUCUCUCUCAAUGGGUAAGCUGCGCAUGCAGGCAUAUGUGUGUGGGAGGGGGUAGAGUGAUGGUGGAGUGUGGCGUGGGCCGGCAUGCUCCUCCUCUUGCUGCUCUACGUCUUGGAGGCCCAAGCGACUACAUCCUCCUCCCCCCCCCCACCAUCUCCACCAUCGCCCCAUCUGCUGCCUUCCUCUCUACCUCGCCAGCCACUGCCAAAACCGCUCACAACCACUCAUUCUAUCUGUCUCCCACGCACCCACACGCUUCCAGGGUGCAUCCUCCUCCCCCCACCAUAUCCACCAUCGCCCCAUCCGCUGCCUGGCCCUCUGCCUGUUCACCUCACAACCAUUCCUUUUCGCCUCUUCCCAUUCUGUAUCUCUCCCAUCCACACAACCCCUCAGGCAGCGUCCUCCUCCCGCACCACCUCCACCACCGCCCCAUCCACUGCCUGGCUCUCUACCUGCAACCACUUCCUUUCCCCUUACCCUCCCGUUUAUUGCCCCACCCUACUCCCUUCCCCCCAUGCACUCCCUUCCAGGCCGGGUCCUCCUCCCCCCACCAUCUCCACCAUCGGCCCAUCCGCUGCCUUGCUCUCUGCCUCUCUGCCAUCGUGCAUCUCACCAUCGACGACCCCUCACACGGGCACAUAUCCCAGGCGAGUCUUCUGAGACUGCAGUGGACAUGCCAUCGGCUCUGGAGCAAGAAGAAGCACAGGGCGCCCAAACGCGGCAGCCGCAGCAGCAAGAAGCACACCACGCCUUUAGAGUCCACCCUUCUUUCUUUAGCCAUUAUCGGUGCUGCCUCCUACUAUUCUUGUCCCUCCGCGUUUCUUCAGGCAGUGGACAUUCUAUCAGCUCUGGAGCAGGAAGAAGCACAGCACGCCCAAACGCGACAGCAGCAGCAACAACAAGCGGGAGCAUUGCCUUCACCAUCAGCAGCAUCACCGUCAGCAGCAGGGGUUGCAACAGGGGAGGAAAGGAAGAGGGAGCAGUGCGCGCAGCUGCUCGCAACAGCUCUGCUGGCGCUUAGACAGGGAAACCUGGUGGAUGCUAGGAGCCGACUCGCCCAAGGGCUGUUGGUGACUCACCGCCAGCUCAGCAACCACCAGAUCGCCGCCCAUUUCCUGCUGGCCAUAGGCGGCAUUGCACUGCGCACCAGCGACCUUGUUGGAGCAAAGGACAUUCUGAGAUCUGGGUUGACUCUAUUCCGGGCGGCAAGAGAUACCCAGGGCGUGGUGGCUGUUGCAGCAGAGUUGUCACAGGCAAGGGAUUCACAGCGCGUGGUGGCUGUGGCGUCGGAGCUAUCACUCUUGUACAGGUCAACAGACGAGGCGAUGGCAGAGAGUCAGAACGCGGCGUAUCUGAAUCGCAAGCGAGGGGAGCUGAGCCAGCAGGUCACAGCAGUGGUUGGUGCACCAGGGCAUGCCAUACUGCUACAGGUAAAGAUCAUAAUGUCCGUCGUGUUGUAUCCGAAAGCUAUGAGUUUAAGCUUUUCAGUCUGUCCCUUUGCGCCCUCGUUUUUCCGUCCCGUCGCCCACGCGAUCUCCUCUCGCCUCCCUUACCCACGCGAUUGUCGCCGCACUUCCGUGGCUCGUCCCGCUGCCUUCUCAUCGCCCAUCCCAUCGUCCAUCCCGUCGCCCAUACCAUCGCCCAUCUCGUCGCCCAUCCCGUCGCCCAUCCCGUCGUCGAUCCCGUCGCCCUUCCCGUCGCCCAUCCCGUCGCCCCUCCCUCCGCCCUUCCUAUCUCCCCUCGCCUAUCCUCUCCCCCGUCGCCCUUUCUCUCCCUUGUCGCCCUUUCUCUCCCCCGUCGCCCUUUCUCUCUCCCGUCGCCCUUUCUCUGUCACGUCGCCCUUUCUCUCUCCCGUCGCCCUUGCUCUCUCCCGUCGCCCUUUCUCUGUCACGUCGCCCUUUCUCUUUCCCGUUGCCCUCCCUCCCGUCGCCCUUAAGCUCUCCCGUCGCCGAUCCUCUCUCCCGUCGCCCUUCCUUUCUCCCGUCGCCUAUCCUCUCUCCCGUCGCCCUUUAUCUCUCCCGUCGCCUAUCCUCUCUCCCUCGAAACAGUCAUCGCCCUUCCUCUCUCCCCUCCCGUCACCCACCUCGGCGCCCUGGCGCUCGCCCCGAAAUGCCUGCCCGUCGCCCUUCGUUUCUCCCCUCCCAUCACCCAUCUUGGCACCUUCGCGCUCGCCCCGAAAUGCCUGCAAGUCACCCUUCCUUUCUCCCCUCCCAUCUCCCCACACCCUACCAUUCCACAAUUUUCGCUCAAUCAGCUCUCUACGUGCGUUGUCGUUUCCUUCUCGUUCUUCGUUUUUUUAUUCCUAA